ACGGGCUCCGCUCUUCUUGAAAAUUAAUCAUACUUUUAUGUUAAUAGCAGAAGCUUCUAGCUUUUACUGGAGCUGGAUGUGCGUUGCAGAGCAUCAUCAAAGCAUCAUCAAAUUCACAGGAGCUUGAUUACGGUAGAGAGUAUAGUCGUACCUAUGAGGUAGAAGCUUGUUACGUUUUCUUUUUGGUUGUUCAUCCCACCUUUGAAAAGCUAUUUCCACACUGUCUUCCAGGCACCUCAAUUUGUGUUUAGUAUGUCAAAAAUCCCUACGAGGAAGCGCCCCUAGGUUGUUAGAAAAAUCUACUCCAUCAUGACGAUGACUAUCAUGAAAAUUUUCAAAUGUUGAUGAUCAUGAAACUGAAAAUUAUGGCUUGUCUCAGUUUUAUUCUGUUGCUAUGUAGUACAUCUACAUGAAGAACGUCACCACAUCAAAUGAAAAAUUGUUUCUUGUUGCUUCGCUUUCGUCUUGUACUCGUGGUACCUCCGUCGAGCCUGUUUAAUACACGACUUCCGAUUCAUCUUCAUCGUACUUAGUUGAUAUCAGCGCUAUCAAAAUCAAAUGAAAAUUGAAAAAAAUGGCAACUGAGUUGAAGAAGUUGACUGCUUUGCUCCUCGAGAGCGACCUUGGUCCCGAUGCCGCUACUGUGAUUCGUGACGCACGGCCCCGCGUUGAGGCUUUACGUGCGCGUGCAGUCGAAGCGAACUCUAUUUACGGACCCGUGACUCGGGAGAAGAUUCGGCACUUAGUGGAGUCCUGGAAUCAACUUCGAGAAGCGUAUAAUGUCACUGAUACGUCGGCGGGGCCAUUGGAGGUGUGUGCCUGGGGAGCAGUUGCUGGAACGACCAGCACAGUACCUUUCGCUUCGGCAGCAGCAGCUCCCACUCCGUCUUCCUCCUCUUCAUCUUCUGGAAUUCGGGUUGGAAGUGGUGGAACCCCUAAGCGGCAAAAAGUAGACAUGCCCCACGAGCUCUUACCCGGAGGCGGGACACGCGCAGUUUCGAUUCCCGUUCCGAUGUCUGCAAGUGCUGGAGUUGCCGCUGGUGCCUCUAGUUCUAGCAGCUUCAGCCCAUCUGCGCGGUCUGGUGUUGAUGCCAUGGGUCGUACCAUUGCGGCAAUGGGCUCAACAGGAGGUGGAUCGUCAGGUCACCUCCUUCCCGGCAGUAGCAGAGAGUCAGCAGGAGCAUCUGCAGACACUCCGUCUGACGCUGAAGUGACAUCGUCUGUUCCGGCGGCGCCAUCUUCGUCGAGCACCAACAAUCUUCUCCCCACAAGCUCUAGUAGUCACAAUCCCCCUAAUCCGUCGAACAAGAGAAGUACAGCAGUUUCGAUAAGUAGUGCUGUCUCAAAUUACCCAGCGCGUGACUCGUCGGCGUCUGGUAGUAAUCCUCGUGCCUCAUCAACUUCUGGUGUGUCCGCUGGCGCUCCGCCUGAUACACCCGACGGUUCCGCAGCUCCCUUAACCUCGGCGACACAAGUUUUUGACCGAGUACAUCGCUACGUCUUGCAGACUGGGUUGCUUACGGGUGCGCCAGACUGUCUGGAAACGUCGGCGUCAUUGACCAGAAUACGCUACCAGAGGCGGGGAGCGACCAUAGAACUCAUGUUUAUCACCACUGGACCAACAGCCUUGAUCUUGCGUGAUGGUGUGGAGCUGAUGAAAGUACAAAUACCAGACAGUGGAAUGCAGGAGGAUACUAUCAAAAAGAAGGUAUUUGCUUGCUUCAUUUUGGGUUCGUUUGAAUUUUAUGUAUGUAUCUGUAUCAAUUAUAUAAUCAUGUACUACAAGAACAACAACAACAACUAGCGAGUCUCAUCAAACAAAGCGCCAAUACUGAAAGAGUAUGCUCUACUAUUUUCUGACAAGGUGAAAAUGAAUUCUUCAUCUCAACUACAGGCUUUCGACUGCGUGAUCUAUCCGCUGAUCUAUGGUUUGGCGCAGCCGACGUUUGACAAUUUGCCGGCAGAGGUUCUAGACUACGUUCUGUCGUUUCUAGACAUAAAGUCACUCGGACGCACAGAACGUGCCAGUAAGCUCGUUUACACGCAGACCACCACUGCGCCAUAUAUGAGAAAUUUCGUGUGGCAGAAUGUGUUUCAGAGGAUUGACGCUUACGGCAGACAGCAGCCGGACUUCGUCAAUAUCGAUGCAGCUCAGUCAGCGGCAAGGCGGCGACUGCAAUUGCCAACAGGAGCACACGCAUCGCGCCCCUCUACUACUAGCUCCUAUGCUGCAGCGGACGAGCAGAUCACCUCUAGUACUGCUAGAGCAGGUGAUACAUCAGGAUCAGUACGACUGACUACGAUGACAGCAGAUGACGAGUAUCUUGUCGAAAGGAAUAAUGCGACCACGAGCACUGGUGCUGGUGGUGGGGACGAUGCUCCUCCAGUUCCUCGCGUGUGGAAAGAAGCGUGCAGAUAUACUUCUCAAACCUUAGCGGGGAUACGGCAGACCGCUGAAAGAGAACGGGAGGCACAACAAAGAGAACGUGAUAUAGAAACCGAAGUCCAGAGGCGCAUGGGCGAAGAUGGAAGACACAUGCCACCGCCUUUUGCUCCGUUCGGUGGUGGUCGAGGCAUGCCCCAAGUUCCAAGGCCAGGCAUUUGGUACGAUCCCGUGAACCCGUUCGACCCAAGAGGUAUUUUUUUUACGAGUACUCUUUAGUAAAAUGCAAAAAAUGUUUGCACUAGUUUUUUCUUAUCGUCAUCAAAAUAGUGGUCCUGGGAGGAUUUUUCUCAUCCAUGAUGGCGUAGCUACUCCUGCUCAUGCGCUUCCUCUUCCUCUGUUCCCAGAUACGGUCACUUCCGUUCUAAUCUGUCAUUCUUUAUCGUCAGGUAUCAAUCUGCCGGAACCUGGACGUGGUCCUGUUCCAGGCAGACCUCCAGGAGUGCCUCAUCCUGACUUCCCCGAGUGGAAUCCUGACCUACCGAAUCCCGGUUUGCCACGACCUAAUCCCCUGCGAAUCGAUCGUCCGCCUCGAAAUCCAGGAAUGUUUCCCUUUGACCCGGACGCUGAGCGUGACUUACACGGUAUAAAUCCUGCAAUUGGAGGAAUUCCCGGACGUCCAGAAGGAGGAGGAGGAAUUUUGGGCGAUCCACGUUUCGGUGAUCCUAAUCAGCAAUUUUUUCCCGGAGCUGGAGGCGGCUUGCCGGGAGGCGCGCCAGGGCGGCGGGGAGGUCCGCGCUUUGAUCCGACCGACCCCUUUGGCGGGUUAGGUGGAAAGAAAGGAGGCGGAAAAGGCAGAGGCGGUUUUGGAGGAGGAGUCGGAGGGGGUGGCUUCGGGGGAUUUAGUUUUUCGUAAACUCCUACUCCGGCUGAUGAGCAGCGUUGACGAAAAAUCGAUCUGCAAGUAAUUACAAGUACUUAGAAUUACAGAACGAUCAUGAACAAGAACAUGAAGAAGGACAAUUCAUCACAUCGCUUUCUCGAGCCCAUCACCACGACCCCCGACCCCGUCAAACACUCAAUUGCCAUGAGACAGAUUCCCCCAAUAACUCUAAGACUGAAAAUGAACAUCUCCAAAAAGCACUGAUAAGCAGCAAUGUACUGUAUAUAUUUAUAAGUAGCAAGAAAAACCGUUCAUCUAUUUCGCCUGAGGAGCAGUGAUAUUUAGAUUCUUAAACAAUGACAGAACUUGAACUGUAAAAUACGCAAAAACACUCCAUUCAAUCGCAACAGAUGCUCCCUUCUUCAUCAUACUCAUCACAGUGCGCCCAAGGAGAAGAAU